UUUUUUCUCCUCACCUCGUUUCACCUUCAGAGCUCGAAACACGCAGAUUCUCAAGAAGUUGAUGAAAAACAUAAAUGUUUGAAGUUGGACGAAGCUGAAGACUUCACAGGUCACAAUGAAGACUCUGGUGUUUGUGUCUCUCGUGGGAUUAUUCCUCCACGACACGACGGCAGAGAUGCACUCUCUGAGGUAUUUCUUCACGGCGUCGUCUGAAGUCCCAAACUUCCCAGAGUUUGUGGCUGUUGGGAUGGUUGAUGAUAUUCAGGGAGGAUACUACGACAGUAACACCAAGAGAGCAGAACCCAAACAGGACUGGAUGAACAGAGUCACAGAAGACAAAGCUGACUACUGGGAGUGGGAGACUGAGAGAGCUGUGUAUUACCAGCAGCUCUUCAAAGUCAGGCUUGACACUUUCAAGCGACGCUUCAACCAAACUGGAGGUGUUCACAUUGUCCAGUGGAUGUACGACUGUGAGUGGGAUGAUGAGACUGGAGAUGUUAAUGGUCAUGAACAGUAUGGUUAUGAUGGAGAAGACUUCUUAGCUCUGGACAUGAAGACAUGGACGUGGGUCGCUGCACAACAACAGGCUGUCGCCAUCAAACAGAAGUGGGAUAAUAACAAAGCUGAUUUAGAGUAUCUUAAGAACUACCUCACCGAGGAGUGUGUUGACUGGCUGAAGAAGUAUGUGGACUAUGGGAGGAGCUCUCUGAUGAGAACAGACCUCCCCACAGUGUCUCUCCUCCAGAAGACUCCCUCCUCUCGGGUCACCUGCCACGCUACAGGUUUCUACCCCAACAGAGCCAUGAUGUUCUGGAGGAAAGAUGGAGAGGAGCUUCACGAGGAUGUGGACAAGGGAGAGAUCCUCCCCAACCACGACGGCUCCUUCCAGAUCAGCGCUGACCUUCAACUGCCCUCUGAUGACUGGGGGAAGUACGACUGUGUGUUUCAGCUCUCUGGUGUGAAGGAGGACAUCGUCACCAAACUGGACAAACGAGAGAUCAAGACCAACUACGUGAAUCCCAUGAACCCCGUCAUCCCCAUCAUCGCCAUCAUCGCCAUCAUCGCUGCACUCGUUCUUCUCGGCCUCGCUGUCAUUGGAUACAAGAAAUACAGAGGCAGAAAAUCUACAUGUGAAACGUCUUCUGAAAACAGCUCUGAGCUCGCUGAGAAACUGAAUCCAGAGCCUACAUGAUGAACACACCACCCUGCACCCUGUGAGUUUCUCUCUACGGGACGUGGACCAUUCUCACUGUUAAAAACGCCACUUUAAACGCCGUGUUAAAGAAGCUUCUUUGUUAAACUUGUGUGAGGUUGAAAUGAGUGUAAAUAUGUAGCUUUGUAGAGCUGAUCUCUCCAAACACUGAUGUGUUCAAUGAUUGUUCGAUUUGACCGUCUUCAUCACUGCAGGUUUCUUGAAACAUUUUGCUCGUUAUUGCUUGUUAUUUUUUUUAUAAUAUCCCUCUUUUGAUUUAUUUUGAAACAUUUUGUUUUUAUUUCUAGCAAACCAAAGCAAAUAAUAAUUCUUGUCUUUGAGUUUUUUUAACGGAUAAGGAGAAUGUUAUUUUUUUUAUAAUAUCCCUCUUUUGAUUUAUUUUGAAACAUUUUUAUUAGAGAUGUCAAACGAUGACAAUUUUUAAUCACGAUUAAUUUCUAAAUUUAAAUAGUUAAUCAUGAUUAAUCACAUUUUUAAUUUGCACGUUUGAAAUAAAUUGUUGGGCUUUUAUUUUGAAGUUUUGUACUGUCUUAAGCUGAGAGUACUUUACUUGCUGUUUGAAUUUAGCCCUGCUUUUAUUUUGAAAUAGAGUAAGGCCCUUCCUGUAGAUGGAAGGUUAGGACCUGAACUAAAGCCCAGAAACAGGAAGUGGUUAUGGAUCAUAAGCUGAUGUCAAACAGCUCAAAGGAACGGUAACAAAGGUCAAUGUGUGAUGUCAUAAGGUCAAUGUGUGAUGUCAUAAGGUCAAUGUGUGAUGUCAUAAGGUCAAUGUGUGAUGUCAUAAGGUGGAUAUUACUGUCUGAGAGUUUGUUAAAGUGAAAUGAGACAUUCAAAGAUGCAGCAGUGUCCUUCUUUUACAUCACUGAGACUACAGGGUGACACUGAGGACGAGUAUCUACGGAGAGCCUGAAGGGACAAAAUAACAUGAGAUUAAUCGUUACGAACUCGUUAAUGCUGACAGCUCUAAUUAUUGUGUUUUAUUUUGAUCAGAGAUCCUAAAAUGUUUGUGGGAGGUUUGAAGCUUCUCAGCUAUCCAGUUGAAAUCUUGUAUAUAAUUCCUGCUCGUGUUCAGGAACGAGGGAUGUUUUCUCUUUGAGUUUUGUGAAUAGAAGUGGAAAAUGAAUUCUCAGAAUCACUUCCUGUGUUGGGUUAAGUUAACUAGUGGUGUUGAGCUGCUGUUUCAUACCUUUGUACUGUAAAUGAUCUGGUCAAUAAAGUCCCUCAUACUCCAAA